CUGUAACUCCACCCUUUCCCUUUCUCUUUUUAUCAUCUGUAAAAAGAAGAAGUAAAGAUGACUAGUUCCUAAUCCUGCGCUCAACCAUGUUUUUCUAACUCAAAGACCCGCCAAAAAUAAAACAUACGAGGAUCAAUGGCAUUCCAAGCACAAUUUUCUGUUCCUGUUGGAAUUUCUGUUCAAAAUCCUCUUUUACUUCCUGUUCAAGUUAGGCCAAGAGUAACAGACACAGUGAUACAAUGUAUUAUUAACAACAAACUGAAUACAUUGAAGAAACAAGUAAAACGGAUAAAUAUUAAUGGACUGUACCCUUAUGCAGAGUGGAAUGAUGAUGUAACCCUACUGACAGCAGCAGUUAUUUGUGGGAAUGAAGAGAUUUGUGACUUUCUACUGAGAGAAAAUGCGGAUCCCAACAUAGUAUCCACAAAUGGCCUAACAUCUCUGCACUAUGCUGCAAAGACACCUGAAGUUCCACUGACUAUUGUGAAAAGAUUAAUUGACACAAAAGCUGAUCCAAAUGGUUAUCCAGAACAAAUAUGUACACCAUUACAGUUCGCUGCAAGUAGGGACAGAGCAGACAUGUUUAAUGCACUAAUAGAAGCUGGUGCUGACCCUGCAAGAAAUUAUGGGGGAAAUUCAAAUCUGGAUAACAAAGUAGAAAGUCUUGUGAAAGAUUUACCUUCAGGAAAUAAAACUGUAGAAACGCGCAAAAUUUUUUUUAAUUUCACUGCUGCAAUUUCCAAAAAAACUGAGCCAGAGGUUUUUAACUUAUGUAGGGAACAUUUUUUUGAGGAACAUCCUUUUAACCAUCUUGCACUUUUUGAAAUAUAUUUUAAUGUUGAGGGCCUGACAGCAGAAACAUAUCGACAAAGUAGCAUAAAAUGGUUGAAAGACUCCAAUCAAACAAGCAAUUACAUCAAUAGAUUUAUCGAACGCUUUCCAAGAAUUUCUCAUGAACAUAGAAUAUUUGCAGUGAACACCUUACAAGCUGUAGUUUGCAUGAUGAGAGAAAUAUCCUCUCAAAUAUUUAAUAUGAUUGUACCCAUCCUUAUCAAAUGUUUACUGCCCACUGGUACAUUCCAGUUAACACCGCUAAUACCGCUAAGUAUUCUUUGUGUGAUUAUGGACAAGUCCUUAAAGCAAAAACCAGCAGAUGAUCUUAACUCUGCUGUUUUAGAAGAGUUAAGCAAUAAACUUAUGCCUUUUACUGAUCCUAAAUACCCAAUAAAUGUCAGCAUUCUUACUUACCGUUUGUUUGCUGCUCUAUAUGAGUUUUUCCCAGAGCAAGUCUUUUCACAUGGAUUAACCUCAGUGCCUGAUAGGAUUCUUACUGCUGUAGCAAUUAGAGCAGAUGAUGUAAUUAAGGAGAAACUACGAAGACUGGACACAAAUCUCAGAUCUUUACAAAGUUCAAGAACUGUAGAUAGCUUAGGUGAGGGAGCAGAAAGCAUACAAUCAAAGAAGAAAAAGAAGAAGAAGAAGAAGAAGAAGAAGCAGAAAAACACUCAACAAGAACCAAGCUUAAAAGAAGAUGCUGUACAAGAAUUAAAACUUGAUUUAGAUACUGCAAAAACUUCAGUUGAGGAGUCAGUUUCCACAGUGCAUCCAUUUGCAGCGCACACUGAGGAUUCACCCAUAGCAAGAAAAUGGCAUUCAAUCAGCCAACGCUGGAGGCCCAAGCUAGAGAAACUUUCUAGCAUCGAAGCAAGUAAGGUUUAUCAUCUAGGGAAUCUUACAAUUAAUGAAAGCCCUGAAUUUGAGAUAGCUAAAGGAAGUGAUGGAACACGGGUUUUUAUUGGCUUGAGAGAUGAUGGCACUGAAGUAGCUGUCAAACGAAUGUUAAAGUCCAAUUACCAAGACCUCAAAAAUGAAGAGGAAUUUCUACGGCUUCCUCAGCUCGACAGUCCUUGUAUUGUGCGAUAUGUGGACUUUGCAGAGGAUGACAAAUUUGGAUAUCUUGUCCUUCAACUUUGUGAAUACACCCUGGAGGAAUACAUCCAAGACCAUUUGCCAGAAGACAGUUCUCAGCGGCAACAGGUCCUGAAGAAAAUUGUAAAAGAAGUGCUCUGUAGCCUGAAAGUUCUUCACAGCCAAGAUACCAAAGUGCUUCAUCGAGACAUCAAACCUCAAAAUGUUCUGAUUGAUAUAACUGGAAAGGCGAGAUUAGCUGACUUUGGUAUAAGUAGAAGACUGAAGCUGGGAGAGACGACUUGUCGCACUAAUGCUGCUGGAACAAAGUGCUGGAAGCCCAGCGAAACUGUUGAAGAAGACAGUAACACUGGCUACAAGAGGAGUUCUGACAUUCAGGUUGCGGGAAUGUUAGUGUAUUAUAUCCUCUCCUGCGGACACCAUCCAUUUGGCAAAGGUGUUCGAUGUGAGGCUAAUAUUCUUGAUGGGAAGUACUCUUUGGAAGACCUGGAGGAAGAAAUAGCGAAGGACCUAGUGGAGUGGAUGAUCAGCCAUGAGCCAAAAGACAGACCUGAUGUAGAGCAGACCCUUUGCCACCCAUUCUUUUGGAGAGAUAUAUGGAGAGUGGAGUACUUAAAAAAGCUGGGGAAUGAAAAGGAUGUGGAGAACUGCCGCAACGCCGACCCGGACCUCCUUUCCGCUAUAGACGGUAUUACAGCAGGGAAAAGCUUCUCAGACUGGAAAUCAAAUUUGCCCUCUGAGCUUGUGCAAAAACUGGACAGUAAGAAAAAGCCCUACCCAGAGAACACACUCGGUCUGUUGCGCUUCAUACGGAAUCUGCAUGAGCAUUACCCUGAAGAAGCUGAGAAGUUAAAUUUGAUGACAACAUUCCCUGAUCUUUUUGAAAAUGCUUAUAAGUUUGCCAAAACGAAAGGAUGGAACAACAGACCAAGUAUGAAAAAAUGGCUUCGCUCAGUUCCAGUCAUUGACCAGGACAUAAAUACAUAGAGCAUAGUAAAGAGUAAAAAUUCUAAUCAGUUUGUGUAACACCAGCAUUAUAAGAGAAUAUUUUUAUUGUUUCAAAAAAAAUUUCUCUGUGAUAAAAUAUGCACUGAGAUUUGUUUUAAAUAUGUAUUGUAUGUACAUCAUCAAAACUGUUUAAAAAAGUUUAAUUAAAUUCUUAAAAUUUAAUGAAUUAAAAAAUAUAUUGAAGAAGCCAUUCAAAUGUCACUAAAGUUUCUCAGGGAAAUUUCUGUAGUAUUUGCAUGUCAUCCGUGAUAAAUACAAAUACUGCUACAUGUGAACACAAGUUGAGUUUACUGUAGUUAAGUUUGUUGACAUUAGGUUGAAAUUUUUUUUUUUUUCAUUUUAAUUUAUUUAUUUAUGGAAAACUACAGUCAUGAUUUUGUCCCAUUAGAAUAUAAAGUAAGGCUAUAUCCCUGUAACUGUGAAUGUAACACUGUUUAACAGCCAUCAUAAUAGUGUGCUCUUUUAAAUUUUUCUCUUUUAAUUUCUAAUAGAAAUAGAAAUAGGCAAUAUGAUAAUACUCACUGCCAGAAGCCUAUGCAACAACCCCCGGGAUAUACAAACAGAUUUUACAUAAAGACUGUGUGACAUUCUAAUAAAUAAUUAUUCUUUUUUUAUGAAGUUUAAUGUUAAUUUUUACCAUUUUUUUCUGGCAAAAUUUACAAGACAGAAGUUGGUAUGAAGAUCCAGAGAUUCUAUCAAUCUCUGCAGUUUUAUAACUUUCAUUAUUAGACAAACAUGACUUUUCAUAGACUAAACAUUCUGUACUGUAUUCACUGAAUACAUAAUUAAUGUAAAUCUAGGGCAUUAAUUUGCUUUACAGUAGUGAGUUCUGUCCCUCACUAAAAGCCCAAAAUCACUCUCAGUCCAGCUGGGGCAAUUAUCUUUUUUUUUUUUUUUUUUUUUACACUUGUAUUUGCUUUGCAGUUUAAUUCUUUUAAAGGUUAAUAAAUCUCAUUGAAAACUUUCUUUUUUAAAGUUCAAUAAAUACACAAUACUUCCAGGGUCAAUGCAUAAUCAUGUUAAAUAAACAUAAUCUAAUUAUUGACCAAAAUAAUGUGAUCGUGAUUUUUGCAGUACUUAAGCGGAUCUAAUAAAUAGACUUGGAAUGUGUCAUUUAUGCCCAUAUGAAACAGAAAGUCAUGGAGGACUAUUUCUUAAAAAUUUGCCUAAAAAAGUAAAUAGUAAAAUACUAAUGGGAAUAUACUAUACCCCCAUUAGGAUUUGUUUACAAUGAUUUCUAUGGGUGCCAUUACUAUACCAUAGCUUGCUUGCGAAACUCUAAAUCAUUUACUACAUUUGCCACCUUUGUCAAAAGCUUUCUGACAAACUUUUAUGUGUUUAAAUAAAAUUAUGUUAAAUUAUUAUUUUUUUCAUUUUAUUCAAGGGAAAUUAAACCACUUCAUUUAUGUUCAUUUUUUUAUUUGGUGUCUAUAUUUGUUAUUAGUAAUUAGGCUACUGCAAUCAUUACUUCAGACUUUUCACUGUGUUAAAUGACUAAUGAAAGAGAGGCAUUUUGAAAAGAGAAAAUAU